GCGACAAGCGACGUAGCUUCUGACACUCACAGCCUGCAUCAUGAAGAUUCGAUCAACUCUGGAAGGCCAAGCAAUGAACGUAGUUUAGCUCUAAGGUUAUCAAGUGGAUCAGAAGGUAUUGAUAACAGCUUUGAGAUGGUGCGAACAUCACAUAAGUCGGUGGAUCCAUACUUAACCAGAAAUGAGGGUAGUACUGGAACAUCAUGGUCAUCACAGACCAUGGAAGAUGUAGAAGAAGAGAUGAAGAGGCUGAGGCUAGAACUCAAGCAUACUAUGGACAUGUACAACAAAGCGUGCAAAGAAGCACUCACAGCUAAACAAAAGGCGAUGGAGCUCCAGCGUUGGAAAAUAGAGGAGGAGAAGAGGUUAUAUGAAGCACAUAUGGCAGAGGAAGCUGCCAUGGCUUCGGUGGAGAGAGAAAGAGCUAAGUGUAGGGCAGCAAUAGAAGCAGCUCAAGCUGAGCACAGGCUAGCAGAGCUAGAAGCACAAAAGAGAAUAGAUGCAGAAAUGAAAGCAAUUAAAGAGGCUGAGGUGAUGAAGAAAGCACUAGAUUCCUUGGCACAUGCAGAUGUGAGGUACAGAAAGUAUGCAAUUGAGGAAAUAGAAACUGCCACAGAGUACUUUGCAGAUCAUCAUAAAAUUGGAGAGGGUGGUUAUGGUCCUGUCUAUAAAUGUUAUCUGGAUCAUACGGCAGUUGCCGUUAAGGUUCUACGUCCAGAUGCAGCUCAAAGCAGGUCACAGUUUCAUCAAGAGGUUGAAAUACUGAGCUGCAUUAGGCAUCCAAACAUGGUUCUGCUUCUAGGUGCCUGCCCGGAGUAUGGCUGUCUUGUGUAUGAAUAUAUGGCUAAUGGAAGCUUGGAGGACCGCCUUUUCCGGAGAGGAAACACACCUGUAAUUCCCUGGCAAUAUAGGUUUCAAAUUGCUGCUGAGAUUGCCACAUGCCUCCUCUUCUUACACCACAAGAAGCCAGAGCCACUUGUUCACCGAGACCUCAAGCCUGGAAACAUCCUUCUUGACAAAUACUAUGUGAGCAAGAUCAGUGAUGUUGGUCUAGCCCGGCUUGUUCCCCCAUCAGUUGCAAACAGUGUCACACAGUACCGCAUGACCUCCACAGCUGGAACAUUCUACUAUAUUGAUCCCGAGUACCAGCAGACAGGCAUGCUUGGUGUGAAGUCUGACAUAUACUCUCUUGGAAUUCUGCUGUUGCAGAUUAUAACAGCAAAGCCUCCCGCAGGGCUAACACGCCAUGUGAGCCAUUCAAUUGAAAAAGGAACAUUUGAUGAAAUGUUAGAUGCAGAGGUAACUGACUGGCCAGUUGAGGAGGCUCAGCGCCUUGCUGAAAUAGCACUCAAGUGCACAGAGCUGAGAAGGAAGGAUCGACCAGAUCUUGAAAGAGUUGUGUUGCCAGAACUAGAGAGGCUAAGAUCUCUUGCAGAAGAUAACAUGCUUUAUUCCACCAUGCCAAGCAGUACUCGUAGUCAUAGUCCAUCCAUCCAUAGUCGAGUUUCCCCACAGGAUAUUGUCAGUGAUUCACUAAUGACACAAUCUGGUUAUGAAAGUUCAAGCGAAUCAUCCGCAACAGGACGAUGAUCAAAUGUUGCAUGAGAAGAUGGGUGAUAACAUGACUUAUCUGUAGUUCCCACCACAAUGAUUAGCAAACUGCUACUUUGAUAAGUGUAUCAACUUUUAUUUUUGGUUUGUGCAGGUAAGUUUGUGACCAAGCUGCCUAAGCUGGUCUUAUAUAGCCAAAGUUAGUUUCCAUUAGUAGAAUCAGUAAGUUCUUCAAUGCAGUAGCUACAAGCAACACGUAAGACGAGUGCUUCAAGCAGAAUUUGCUUGAUGCAGUACAACCUCCUAAAUGAGGCAGGCAGAAGUUUCAAGAAAAACUUGUGGCAACAGCCAAUUAGUUUGCAGAAGCAUAUACUGGAAUUUUUUUCUUUUUUAUUUUCUAGUACCAUAUUUUACAAGUUUUACCAGGUUUUACAGGGAAACAUUUAGUUCAUAGACAUCUCUGCUGAAUAUAUUUUUUUAUGCCAAGCCUUCACCAGUCAGUCAACAGCUGCUACUGUCUGAGCAAAUCAACAGCUCUAGUGACAACAUAUUUCUGCAAACAUUAAUGUCUACCUUAAUAUUAAAUGUAAAGAGUUCUUCUGAGCAAGAUAUUCAUUUUCACUCAGAUAGUAAUGUUUGUAAAAUUCCAAGAUUCUUGAAAUGACUACUUAUUGUGUUGGGCAACUACAAUUAUCCUAGUUAAAGACACGAAAAUGUUAUGCUAUCUUUAACCAGAUGCAAGGUACACAAACUAGACUAUCCCACUCCAGUCAGGAACUCUCUGUUAUGCACAUCCGACAAAGAUCAGUUUAGUUGUUCAUAGUAUAAAUUUCCUUACUACAUACAAGACACGUCAGUAUUCCUAUGUGUUUUGCUAGACAUGUCCCACAUGAUUUUGACUUGCAAAUUUGGCAAAAGAAUUGUCAGUACUAACACUAGCAAUUUGACUGCUAUAAAAAGAAUGAAUUCACCAUUUCAUUUGAACCAUAUUGCGAUGGCAAAAAUACAGAAUGAUAAAUACCUGAGCUGUGUGCUCCUCAUUUACUUGUUACAUGAGUAUGUGAAGCCCAUGGUGAUUGGUGAAUUUCCACCCUCAAGCACUGAGUUAAUUCACCUCAUCAUAGAUGUUCUGGUUAACAAGUAAUUAUUAUCUUCUAGGAGAUCAUUAAUGCAUAUCUUCAAUGAUUCCGUAAAAUGAUCAUGUGCUGUUUCUCCAGAGAAAUUGUUAGCAGCCUUGAAUAUGUCUACUCCAUCCUUCAGGACUCUAAUUUUUAUUUUCUAUUAAUCACAUACCUGACCAGAUGAAACUAUUAAAGUCAUAUCUAAUUCGUAUUUUCUAUUUUUGCAUCUAGUUAUUCCUUUAGCCUCAAAGUCAUGCACUUUCUUUUGCUCUACAAAAUCCUUAACUUGGAUGUGCACCAGUUUUGUCAAGAUAGACAUUCUUGAUAUUUCCACAUCCUAAUUAUCAUUGCCAGUGCAAUAAAUUUGUAGGCUCCUUCUGGUUUUCAUAGGAAAACAGGCUUACAUAAGAGCUGCAAUUUCAUCAGCAGCCAAAACACUGAGAAAUUGAUUCUGCAAAGCUUUUCGAGAAGAUGGCAAAACACCAAGAAAGAUAUUACAAUGGACCCUCGUAAAGUCCAUACAAACCACCUUUGACAUUUUUUGAUAAUUGUUUUUACUCAUUUGCCAAGUAUUAAUAUUUGUCGCUCAUCCUGUUCCUUCUAAUACAACUAAGAGAGUUCAUAUGAAGCAAAGACAGCUUUUGAGACCACCAAAAUUGUUUAGUCUUCUUAUAUACUGAGCCUUGAUUCUAAGCUAUUAUAUAAGCCUUUUUCCCAAUUAAACUAAGCAACGAGUGAGGCGAACCUGCAUUAAGUAAAAUUCCAUGUGAUAUAGAAGACACUGAAUUUAAUAGUGAAAUUAAAAAUAGUCAAAAAAAAGAUCGGAACAUCUAUAAUUUAGUACAAGUUGAAGUAUAAAAAGACUGAUACCUGCUGAUAACACGUCUGUGAAUCUACAAGCACAGAAAAAAAGUGUCAAAGCAUUAUCUUUAUCACACUAGCUAUGAGAAUAACGUGCCAUUUAAAGCAUUUAAUACUGCAUUGUAGACAUGAAAAUAACAACACUUGUUCUACUUUGUAAGGCUUCAAUAUUCAGUUUUCUUAUGUGAUUUAUAUUUUCUCCUGACCACAUUCCAAAAAAAUCUCCAUUGGAGGCUUCCCUCCUGUUCUACCCUUUCUUCUUCCGAUUACUAAUAUUUUUGUACCGCGUCAUAGAUGUUAUGGAGUUGUGAGGUCGAGCAUCAAACGCAGUUGAUGUGGACAGGCCAAAGCAAAAGAGGGUGAAAGGGAAAUCACUCGGCGAAUCGCGUGGGAAACGAGGCCAUGCGCGAGUUCCCCGGGCGGAAGCGCACCGCGAAAGCUGGUCUUUUCGUCGGGCUGUGCGAGCUGCUCGCUGACGAUGAGGUCUCCCGCUCGCCGACGGCGAGGUGGCCGAGGAGCGUCGGGCGGCGGCGCCGUCGGCCUCGGGAUCGUGGCAGCGAUGAGCGUUCCCGCCGCCCGAGGUUCGCCGGCCCGGUCCGACCCGAUCCCGAUGAGUUCAGCGAGGGCCGCGGCCAAGCCGAGGGAGGCGGAAUCGGCGGGAAAGGAGGACGAGGAGGCGCCAGAGAUCUACAAGUGCGUGAUCUGGCACGUGGGAGCAAACCUCGCCUGGAAGAUGGUCUACUUUGAGGAAGGCAGCCUCUUAUGAGCCCUUGCCGCCGCUGCCACUGGGGCGUCCUUUAGAGCUGCUGCGUUAUAUUGCUUUCGUCUCUUUGCCCCUUCUUUGGAGCUCGUGAGUACAUAGUUUGGCAAUUUGGAGGCCAUCUGAUUUUUUUUUUUUUGGUUUCAAAUUUAAGAAUAAAAACUGUGGCAACUGAUGCUUGAAUCACUUUUUCCUCUAAUAUUGUUCCCACAAACACGUGUUUUCAUGGUUGCAAUUUUAAAAAUAGGUUAAAAACUGACAACUAUUGCAUUCUCCUUUAAAGAAAAAUCAACCAAACUUGUUUUAACAAUUACAACAAAUAAUUUAAAUAUUAGAGAAAGAAGAUGUUGCCAUAACUGUUCAUGUGAGAGAAUCUGUCUAAUGCAUUCCAUCAGUUGUCAAAGCUGCGGUCUGUAAUAAGUUAUGGUUAUUUUAUUCAAUGUAGUAUAAUGGUGAUUGGCGAGAUCUGUUAAAUAUGUUUUGGCAUAUGUAAUAGAUUUAAAAAUAAUGGUUUUUUUUUUUCAGAUGAUAAA